UUCUGAUAACGAAAAUUAAAUUUAUUUCACCACAAACUAGGAAUAUGUUGGUGUUACACGUUUAUUUACUUUUAAGUUUUGUAUUCUAUACUUAUUCCUACGACAAGGGCUCGAAAGUAGAAGUACUAGCUAUCACAGAACCUGUCCAGCACAGCGAGGGUCCUUUUUGUGAUGUAAAUAACGAAGUUCUGUACUACGUUGAUACUUUCCAAGCCACAGCAUUUAGGUACAACCUAAAAACCGCAAAAAGGUCUUCUUAUAAGCUAGAUGGUCAUAAUUCUAUUGCUGUGGUAAUACCAUCCGGAGAAAAUCAGGAUGAGUUUAUAGUUGGAGCAGACAGAUGCCUGUACAGGAUGAUAUGGCCUGAUUGUGAAAAUGUAGAAGCGACUUUGGAGAAAUUACUUAAAGUAGAAGAUGAAAAACCUACGAACCAGUUUAACGAUGGGAAAGUUGACAGUAGGGGAAGAUUAUGGUUGGGUACCUUGACGAGGAAUAAAGAUCUCUCCGUGGCUCCAAAUGGAGGUAGCUUAUAUAUGUUCGGAAGCGAAGAUCUGCAGAAUUUCGAAGAAAAAGUACCGAACACUAGCAUCAGCAACGGUUUAGCCUGGUCCAGCGAUGGCAAGCGCUUUUAUUUUAUAGAUUCGGCACCAAGACUGGUGUAUGGCUACGAUUAUCAUGAAGAGACGGGAAAAAUAGGCGGUGAAAAAGUAGUAUUCGACUUGCAUGACCAUCCCCACUUGAAAGGUUUGCCGGACGGGAUGACAAUCGAUACUUCGGACAAUCUCUGGAUUGCUCUAUUCGGAGGACAUUCGGUAAUCAACAUCAACCCUAGAACAUCAAAAAUCAUCAGAGAAAUUAAAAUGCCAGUUACCUACGUAACGUCAGUUUGUUUUGGAGGUCCCAACCUGGACGUUCUCUUCGUGACGUCUUCCAGGCUCCAUCUGAACGAUGCCCAAGUUAAAGAAGAACCUUUAGCUGGAUGUGUGUUUGCUGUUAGCAAUUUGGGUGUUAAAGGAUUGCCCAAUAACAGAUUUAACACCACAUACUAUUGAUACAUAACCAGAAAAUAAAGAUGUAUCGAAAUUA